AUGGCCAACAGAUAUUCUGCUUCCACAGGAAGUGCGGAGAGCCUGUGUCUCCGGUGUAACUCGACUGUGUAUCAAGUGGACAAGAUUGGACCACUUAAAGACCUUACUUUCUUCCAUCAGAACUGUUUCAAGUGUUCCGCGUGUGGGACAAAGUUGUCGUUGAGGACCUAUUACAACAACCAACAGGACAAGGAUGAUAAAGAAGUAUAUUGUCAGAGCCACGUACCGAGAACAGGGCCGGGACAUCUGGAUGGAAUGUCGGUGGGAAUUAAAAGUGCCUUAAAAGCCCCUAAACAAAAGUACAUUAUCAAUGACCAGAUCAGGGGCUUUGGUAAAGGGACUUUUGAUGCUGAAGCUGUUGGCAUAAAAACUGCUCUAUCUUCACCCCGAGUUUGUGAAGUUGACGGUCGCCAUAGAGACCAUUCUGCCGGCACGUUUGACGCCAACGCUCUGCACAUAGCUCACGGAAUUAAUGCUACCAAAGUACAGAAGAAAUAUGGGUUACAACAGUUCGAGUGUAGACUGGAUGAGUAUUUGGAUGUGGACACACAAAAAGAUUUGGAAAUGAGACAUAGGAUCGAAGAAGACGCCCUCUAUCGACAGUUUGCAAAGAAAAGAGCAGAAGAAGAGAAACGUAUCAAUCAUUCAAUUCAGGAAGAAUGGGAGAAGGAGUUGGAAAGACUGACAAAAAGGUUCCAGGUGGAUCUGAAAACUGAGAAAAAGAAGAUAUUAUCUGACGAAGAAAAAACUUUCCCAAUGAAGCAGCAGAAAGAAACACGAGAUUUGGAAAAGAAUAUGACCAUUAAGUUGGGCAAGAAGAAAGAGUUGUUGACCAGAAAACUUCUAGAACAAGAGCGUACGGCCACUGCAGAUCUAAUCGAUAAACACAGCAAAGAAAUGAUGAAUCUGAUCAACCAAAAACGAAACGAGUUGAAGAAGAAAGAGAGCAUAUAUUCUGAUACACAAUGCUAUGUCACAGAGGAGCUUAUUCCUUACCCCACACAUUCACCUCCACCAAGCCCCCCUAAACUGUCCAAAAGGGAUAUUUACAGCGACCCAGAAGUAUUCGCAGAACUGGACCAAGUCGCUAUACACGUAGCACAAAAGGAUCAAGUGACCUUCACAGAUUUGGUGAGACCACUGAUUGCCCGCUGCGUGACUGACGUAGAAAAAGCAAGAGCAAUAUUCCGUUGGAUUACUGUGAAAAAUUUAAACAAUAUGACCUUUGAUAAUGACAUUCAUGGUGACACGCCCAUGGCCCUCUUGCGGGGAAUCAAGAAUGGGAUGGAAAGUUAUCACGUGCUUUUUAAACGCCUUUGCAGUUACGCAGGCUUGCACUGUGUCGUAAUCAAAGGAUAUUCUAAAAGUGCUGGCUAUCAACCUGGAGUCUCAGUUGAAGAUAGUCGCUUUCGGAACUCAUGGAAUGCUGUUUACGUUGCUGGAGCUUGGCGUUUCGUGCAAUGUAACUGGGGCGCACGCCAUCUAGUGAAUGCUAAAGAAACUCCAAAGCCUGGUAGCAAAAACAAAGACGAUAGCUUACGUUACGAAUACGACGAUCAUUAUUUCCUCACGGAUGCUAAUGAAUUCAUCUAUGAAUUUUUUCCUCUUCAACCAGAGUGGCAACUUCUAAAGAGACCCGUUACCUUGCAAGAGUUUGAGGAAAAUCCUUUUGUACGAUCUUUAUUUUUUCGAUACGGUCUGUACCUGCCAGACGAGGAGACGAAAGCGACAAUGCGCACCGACGAUAGUGGCGCAGUGAUCGUGCGGAUUGGAAUGGCGUCCCAAAUGUCUUCGAACUUAAUAUUUCAUUACAGUCUAAAGUUUUUUGGCACUAAUAUUAAUACUUACAACGAUAUAAACCUCAAGAGAUUUGUUAUGCAGUCCGUCGUGGACAACAUUGUAUCAUUUCGCGUGCACGCUCCAUGCAGAAGUAUCCUAUUGUUGGACAUAUUUGCUAACGCUAUUACUCCACAAGAGUAUUUGACGGGAGAACCAAUGAAAUUCAAGAGUGUAUGUAAGUUUAAAAUAUCGUGUGAAAACGUUCAGACGGUGAUGGUUCCCUUGCCAGAUUGUGCCAGUGGGGAAUGGGGACCCACGAAGGCAAUGAGGUUGUUUGGUCUCAUCCCGCUAACGCAUGAAGAGGCCAUAAUCUUUUCGUUCCAUAAUUUGGAAAUAAAGUUUCGGAUGUCGCGCCCUCUAACGGACUUCAUAGCAACUCUGCAUAAGAAUGGAGUAGAAGAAGAGGCACUUUCUAAAUACGUUUCUCAUAAGGUAGAUAACGAAACAGUCACAUUCUUUUUAACCUUUCCUGAGGAAGGUCAGUAUGGAAUUGAUAUCUACACGCGGGAGAAGACCACGAGCUUGCAAAGUUCAGAUAAUCAGCUGCUGACUCACUGCUGUAAAUACAUGAUAAACAAUAGGCGUUAA